AUGAAGUCAGUGCCUUUUGCUGGUAUGAAGAUCGAAGAAGGAGCAAACUGGAUUCAUUUUGCGGAAGAGCACGACGUUAAUCCGCUUCUACCCCUACAAGUUAAGCACAACUUAAAAGGACGUCUGUCCAAUUAUAGCGACUUUUGUAUGAGGUGAGUUAGCUAACAUCGUUAAUCAAACUACUUUCGACAGUCGUUUCGAUUGACCCGCAAAGACGAGGAUGCUUGUCAGAAAAUCGAAACUGAAACCCAAAGAAGGACCAAUCUGGGCGUGGUUCAUGCUUAUUUCAACCCCUCAAGGAGACCAGGCUCCGACAAAGCAUAAGGCAUUUCAGCAUUUCCUUUUAUAUAUAGAGAAUACUUCAUGGAAAGUGCGGGCGUACGGUAUUUACGCACGAGUUGUUGACGUAUCAGAAAUUGAACGAGUGAGCGCAGCGAACGAGUAAGAUUUCUGAUACAAAAAUAACGAGUGCGUAAAUACCGUACAAAGCACUUUCCAUGUGGUAUUGUGUUUAUUAUAUACAUACUGAGACAUUCAUCAUUUUGGCGGCCUUUUUAUUUUAAAUCUUUCAAAAAUGCUAAAAUUUGCCGCUACACACUUACCGCAAAAUGACAACGAAAACUUUACUCGUUGAAUGUGUGCGAAGCGGCGCUGCAAGCUGCAAUAAAAGGCGGGAAUUUUGGCGCGAAACCCACACACCUCUGUGCCUUCUGAUUGGACGUAUCAUUUUUCUCACACGUGAAAAAACAUCGUUCGCGAUUCUGAUUGGACGUAUCAUUUUUUUUCACGUGUGAAAACCAUCGUUCGCUCCUCUGAAUGGCUAGAACUAAUUUGCGUACGAAAAUUUACGACAUAGCUUUUUGGUGAGUAUUUCUCAGUAUGUAUAUAAUAAAUACAUGUACUAGAUAAAAGUACUUGACCUGGACGAAAUAUUAUAUCAUGAAACUCGGAGUAGCAAUAAAUGGUAACGACCACUUAGUCCAGUCCGCCAGUUUACUUAUAUUGAUUCUGCUCUACUCUAACUACAGUGUAUUGAGCACUCUUAUGGUCCAUGAGGACAUCAGUCUGCAUGGAUACUCGGCAGUCAUAUACUAAAUAUAUAUUUUUUUUACGCGCAGCCUAUGGCAAUACUAUUUUAUUAUAGGUAACAAAAUGUUGCUGAAUUUAUGUGACUCUCCAUUUUAGAGAUCGGCGCGUAGCAGCUUCGCUCUGUUGCAGAAAUGGCGCCGAAAUCACGUGUGAACAUGUACAGAAGCCCUAUUCGGUAUAGUCUGCUACACAGCCGUUUUUAGUGUCGUCACGCAACGCUCCUCCCCACUAACUAGUGGGGAGGAGCGUUGCGUGACGACACUAAAAACGGCUGUGCAGCAGACUAUAUUCGGUAUGGUUUUUGAGCCGGCGCAAACGCUAUCCGGAAAGAGUGUGAACAUAGCGUUAGUUGCUUGAUAAAAUCAAAAUUUUGCGCCUCACUAUUCCAUGCGCCGAAGCAGUUUAACCAGAGCUCAGUACAAUAUGCAAAUUUAUAGCUGAAAUUUUGAAAGAACCUUUCGCAUGAGGGAUGUAUCAGAUGUAUAGUAUACAGCUAUUUCGAGGAAGAUUGUCGAAAAAAAAGGUGCACGCGACAAUUGCGAAAGGUAAUAUGGGGUACGAUCAAUUCCCUGUUCUUGACACUGUAGCUUUCGAACCUACUUUUGUUACCUUCCUAUAGCACUUGCAAACAUAUAUUCAUGGCCUCUCGUCCCAUUCUCUCAAAUUUCUUUGAAGAACAGUGAACUCAAAACCACCCACAAUACCUUUCGAGAUUGUCGCGUGCACUUUUUUCGACAACCUUUCUCGAAAUAGCUGUAUGUAUAGAAGAUACACUCUACAAUUGAUGUUAACAUGUUUUAAUUAAUUCAUGUUUGCAUAUUCUCACAGAAACGAUUUUGGCAAAGACAUAACCAAUCUGCGUCUGUAUAAAAAAUGGGAGGAAGUAAGCGAAAAGUUGUUUGAGAUGGGCGAGGAAAGGGGAGACCAAGAUCAUCCUCCCAGAGAUAUGCCUAUUUCAGUUGCACUAAAGCUUCUUGGCUGGCGCUCAAACACUCCAGCAAAGAAGGCCUUGUCGUGGUUUGAGCUCGAUUUUGAAUACGGUGUUGGCGAGGAAGAGACUUCCUUAAACAAUAUGGCAUUUCCUCCCGAGGAGGAUUUCUUCGUUACUGAUCAAAGAGGCUACUGGACGAUUUUCAGUGACUUUUACAAGCCUUUUCAAGACAAAAUCUUGCUGAACAAGGCGGUUAGAAAGAUUCGGUAUUCUGACGACAGCGUUACCGUUGUUACAAAUGACGGGGAGGUCUUCAGCGCAGACUACGCUUUGUCCACGUUUAGUUCUGGCGUUCUUGGCAGUAAUUUCAUAAGGUUCUCACCCCCGUUACCUAAGUGGAAGAGAGAAGCAAUUUAUCGUUUUAGACCUGUUUACUUCACAAAGAUUUUCCUGAAGUUCCCGUACGAUUUCUGGGAUGAUCAUGAAUGGAUUAUGCAUGCCUCCCAAAAACCAGGCAAUUUUCCAACUUUCUACGACCUGAAUCGACCAGGAUUCUUUCCUGGAUCAAACGUUCUUUUCACAGUGGUAACAGGGAAUGAAGCACUGAGAGUAGAAAAACAACGCGAGUCGAAAACAAAGAAAGACGUAAUGGACACCCUAAGGAAAAUGUAUGGCAACAAGAUACCGGAAGCGACAGGUAAGUAGCAACGUUUUGGUCCUUACUCUCACCAUAUAAAUUAGAAACCUGAAACACUAUUUUAAGAAACUUUUACUAAAAAUGUCCCUUGCAAUAUUAAGCCUUAAAUUGAAAUAUUCCCAAUUGAUUUGAAAUGUCUAUCAAACUUUUAUCUGUGUUCAUGGACAGGAUUGUCGGUUAAAGGGAACGAAAUUUGAAACAAUCCGAGUGCGGAAGUCUUUAUCUGAGUCAAAGUGUAUAGUAUUCUCGAGCGCAAGUUAUAAUGUAAAUUUAAAAGUCUGCAUGGUUAUUGGCCUGACUGGUCAAUUAAGUGAGAAUAUUAUUAUUAUUACUAUUUAAUAUUAGAACUUAUUAUUAUUAUUAUUAUUAUUAUUAUUAUUAUUAUUAUUAUUACUAUUUGUCUCUGGUUGAGUCGUGACGUCUUUUGCUUUGAUGACUCUCAUUGGUUCGAGACUGACGAAUUUUUUACCAUGAACCUAAUUCUUACCCAUGUUGGGUGAUCCUGAAGAAGAUUUUCAGGGUAAGACUUCGUUAAUCAACCCUCUUAUUUCAAUGAGUACAUAUCGCGUCUUCCAAUUAAUUCAGUUCUAAUUUUUUAUAUAUCUUUUAUACCGAGUGUACCUUAAAGGUUUUUUUUCUGUGUUGCAUUCAGAUAUCCACGUCAGCAAAUGGUCACAGAACCCCUUCGUGCGCUGUGCAUGGACAGAUCCUGUGGUGGGAACGAGCUGGGGACACUACGAAAACAUGUCCGGUCGACUGAAGAAUCUUUUCUUCGCAGGCGAGAGCACCAGUCAAGAAUAUUAUGGCUACGUACAGGGAGCGUACUUUACUGGGCGUGAUAAAGCUGAAGAGAUAGUUAGCUGCAUCAAGGGAGGAAAGUGUGAAGCAUACACGUCUGCCACAGAAGAAAUUUAA